AUGCAUUUUACCAAUAAAAUUGGAGUCGCUGUCAUCUUGGCUUUUGGCUGGGGCAGUGCCAUCGUCAGCGGCCGACCAUGCUUCGUCGCACUCAGCAAAGACGGAGAAUUUGUGGAGAAUUGGGGUGGUGUGCAUGAGAUCCAAGGCCCCGGAGAGGUUACCAUGGAAGUUGCACACUACAAGUUCAAGAUCAAGUUGGAUGGAAACUGCUUCCCAACAGUGGUCAACCAUAUACCACAUGGGCACGAGGUAUCGGUUUACGGGAAAGCUUUUGGCGGAGCUCCGGCUGUUAAUUACCUAAUUAGCAAGGGCAACAAAGUUGACAGCUUGGGUGAUUUCGACGCAACUAAAGGGGAUGCUGCGGCUUGGGAUUAUAUAAGCGCGCGUCCUGAUUUGAAGAAAAAGAAGGUGGUCAGACCCUAUAAUUACUUCAACUAG